CGGAGCGCAUCCUCGCUCGCUCGCGACCGGACCAGACGCUGCGCUCCGGCGUCUGAAGGCGAAGCUCCACAUGGCCACCCGCCGCCCGCUCCCGCUGCGGCUCCUGCCCUGCGCGCUUCUCUCCGCCCUGGUGCUGUGCGGCCCCGCCGCCGCCUGGUACAAGCAGGCGGCCUUUCCCGGCUACCGCUCGGUGGGCAGGGCGUCCGGCUUGCUGUCCGGUCUCCGGAGGUCGCCCUUCGUCCGAGGAGCGGCCCGCGAGGAGCCGCCGCCGCCGCCGAGUCGGCUUCCGCGGACGCCGGCGCUGCCUUGGAGCCUCAAGACAACGGUCGGUGCUUUGCCUGACGCGAUGUAUCCUUGGCCAAAGAGUUGUAAAGUUCAACUUGGGCGCGUCAGCACGCGUAAACGCUCCGACGUUCGCUCCGUGCCGGCGGCUCUCGAUUUGCUUUGCGAUCGACGGGCGACCGCCGCGUCCGAGCGACUGGACGCGGGCGCCGGGGUGGCGGGUGGAGGAGCCCAAAAUGCAGGGGGGGGCGCACUGAGCAACAAUAUUGACUGGAUUGCAUCGGGCGGGGUUUUUUUUUUCCCUCUUCUGCAGCUCACCUGUAUCCGGAACGUGGUGCCAAACCCGUCGAGUUGCCAACCGGUCUUCGGCCACGAGACAACGCUCAAGUGCAGAGCGGACGUCUUCCUCUCCCCGGACGACGCCGCGUGCGCAGCUCUCUUGUUUGCUUUCUGAUUCCCCGUCUCAAUGUUGCGCAUUUCUGUGUCCGUUCUUGUCCCGAUCGCAUCCUGCGUAUUUGUGCUCCGCCCCCGAUGCGCUCAUCGUGCCGACGCCAUUCCGUCGUUUGCCGUCCGAGCCCGUCGCCGAUACAAAGUACCUUCCCGAGGGGACCCGAGAAGUCCAAUAAAGACAACUACUCGUCCUUUGGCCUGGUGGCAUUUUAUGGCCUCCGGUUUGCGUGGCGCCGCGGGCCGCGCCCUCACCCGCGAUGCGCAAAAAUGACGCCGGGGUCUCUUCUUCUAUUCUUAAGCACGUCCGCGGUAACGUUGAAACCGCACAUCUCGUUAGCGUGGCCGACAAGAAAACAUUUGGGAGGAUAAAGGCAUCUCACUGGACGGAACAUC